AUGCGUCAAGUGGUCGUCGUCGUCGUAUUGCUUGUUGCCCUUUGCGCAAUCUCACAUGGCGCCUAUUCGGAUGAGUUUGCCCGAAAAACGUUUCCCUACAUUUUCGCGUCAACCGAAGCCAAGGAUCCGAAAGCGUGUCUGAACCAUGUAUUCUCGGACUACGAGUUUAAACGACACAUCACGGUAAAAUGUGACAUGAUCGACAAGUGUAGCGGGCUCACCUUCGCCAGCCAUUCCGAUCAGGCGAUUGUUCUGACCUUUCGAGGAACCGUUGGAGUAGUUCAGCUUCUCGUUGAAUCGGAGGAGAUCAUUUUUAGAAAUAAGACGGCUUGGCCAAGCGGCGGCAGCGCCGGAUUCUAUUUCGCGCAUGCGUUCAAUGCUGUCUGGAAUGGGGGACUCAAAAGCGAUUUUUCGGAUCUCAUCCACAAAUAUCCAAAUUAUGAGAUUUGGAUUGGUGGACAUUCGUUGGGUGGUUCAAUGGCGGCAUUGGCGGCGAGCUAUGUGGCCUCCACCAAAAUGGUGAGCGCCUCAAAAAUCAAGCUGAUCACGUUCGGCGAGCCGAGAACUGGUGACAAGGCGUUCGCAAAAGGUGUCGAUUCAUUGAUCUCGUAUACAUAUCGAGUCAUUCACAAAAAAGAUAUUGUGCCGCAUGUGCCACUGGGUGAUAUGAAAGGCUUCAUCCAUCAUAAAAAUGAGAUUUGGUAUAACAAUGACAUGAGCAAACCGGAUUUCAAGGAGUGCGAUGCUGAUGAGAGUCCGCUAUGCUCAAAUGCUCAUUUGGAUUAUCUUGUCGAGGAUCAUCAUCGCUAUUUUGGAAUCUACAUGGCUAAUUAUGGUCAAAGAGGAUGCACCGGCGAUCCCGCAAAUCUUAUUUAA